AUGCCCAUCCUGAAGAAUCUAGGGGUGGCAGACUCCAAGGUGCCCAGGGCGGGGACCCUGCCCCUGAGGUCCUCUCGGAACCCCUUUGAGGAAGUUCCAGGAUUGGAAGAAGAGGAGGUUGGGGAGCUGGGGACCCUGCCCAAUGGAACAUCUUGUCGCCGCCGGGCCACCCUGGAGAAGCUGGCUGGCCUGGCCCCCUUCCGGUUGGGCUGGACCCCUGGCCGGCGGGCAGGCAGCCCAGCAGAUGGGCAGCCUCGCUCUUUCCUGGGCCGCAUGCUGACACCGGGGAUUCGCAGGAGCUCAGCAGAUUUUGGCCUCCUGGCCAGGCUUCAGGGGACCCGAGCCCAGGGCGACGAGGAGGCGGCUGGGGAGGCUGCCCGGAGACUGGCCUUUCUGAGACUGGGACGCGGGCCCAAGCCCCACCGGGCGUCACUGGCCGAGAGGGUGGUGCCCGCAGGCGAGGCGGCUCCUGAGCCGCCGCCCAAGGUCCCCGAGCCCCCAAAGAUGAAGGAGCCUCUGUCAGCCCCAGCCCCAACCCUGGCCCCAGACCACAAUGCCCACCUCAACCUCCUCCUUCACCCCCAAUCUCUUCGCCUUUUCCAUCCCACCCUGAACCCCAAACCCCCAGCCUCCACCUUUAACUUCAUCGCUACCUCAACUCACAUCCAAGCUUCAUCUCAAACUCACUGCCAUGCCCAGUGCCUACCUUCCACCUGCAUCUGCCAGCUAUGUCCCCCACGGCCUUGGCUCGGGGCCGCCGCCCGCCGGAGGCUGCCGCUGCCCGACCGCUACGCCCUGCUGCACUGGCACAACCAGGUGUACCCCAGAGAGGUCCUAGGGCUGGUGGACCUGGUAGCCCUGGAGAAUGGGGAGCUGGGGCCCCUUCUGUCUCCCGGCACCCUGCGGGGCUUGGAGGAUGAAUGCGUCACAGAUGUUAAGGCUCAGACACGCGCAGCCCUGCUUCGGGUGCUGCAGGAGAAUGAGGAGCACUGGGGGAGCACGGAGGACCGGCCCAGCAGCCUGGCGCAGGAUGUGUGUGAGCUGCUGGAAGAACAUACAGAGCGAGCACCCCGCAUCAGCCAGGAGUUUGGGGAGCGGAUGGCCCACUGCUGCCUGGGGGGGCUAGCAGAAUUCCUUCAGAGCUUCCAGCAGCGGGUGGAGCGAUUCCAUGAGCAUCCAGGAGUGCGGGAGCUGCUACCUGACACCUACAUCAGCAGGACCAUCUCCCUGGUCAAUUGCGGGCCCCCACUGAGGGCUCUGGCAGAGCGCCUGGCCCGGGUGGGGCCCCCCGAAAGUGAGCCGGCCCGGGAAGCAGCUGCCAGUGCUCUGGACCGUGUGACCCGGCUCUGCCACCGAGUCCUGGCUGACCUGCUGUUUCAGGAGCUGCAGCCCCACUUCAACAAGCUGAUGCGCAGGAAGUGGCUGAACAGCCCGGAGGCCCUGGAUGGCAUCGUGGGCACGCUGGGCGCUCAGGCCCUGGCACUGCGCAGGAUGCAGGAUGAGCCCUACCAGGCUCUGGUGGCCGAGCUGCACCGGCGGGCGCUGGUGGAGUACGUGCGGCCCCUGCUCCGAGGACGCCUGCGCUGCCGCUCGGCUCGGACCCGCAGCCGCGUGGCCGGGAGGCUCCGGGAGGACGCGGCGCAGCUGCAGCGGCUGUUCCGGCGGCUGGAGUCCCAGGCCUCGUGGCUGGACGCCGUGGUGCCCCAUUUGGCCGAAGUUCUGCAGCUGGAAGACACGCCUAGCAUCCAGGUGGAGGUGGGGGUGCUGGUGCGGGACUACCCCGACAUCAGGCGGAAGCACGUGGCAGCCCUCCUCGACAUCCGAGGCCUGCACAACGCAGCCGCCCGCCAGGAGAUCCUGGCUGUGGCCCGGGACCUGGAACUGUCUGAGGGGGGAGCCCUGUCACCCCCUCGGGACCGCGCCUUCUUCUCAGACAUCUCCGUGCCCCGCCCACCUUUCUGCCUUGGCCUCCCUCUCUUCCUGGGCCGCCUUCCCCUCUCCCGGCUGGCCAGGCCUGAUUUGGCCUGUCUGCCCCGGCUUCGGCCUCUGUCUCCAUCACGGCCCCCUACCCAACGCUGAGACUCUCCCAGCCCUCCACCUCAGUGCCCCCCAUCUUUGCUGCUGACAAACCGUCCUCCUGUAUGGGCUCGCUCUUGACUCCCUGCCUGGGACCACAGACCUCCCCCCACGGGGGGGAUGGAAAGAUCCUCAGAAGUCUUCUCGGCCACCCCUACACCCCCGGAAUAGAAGAGAAACA